CUAAACGUUCUAAAAUAGUUUAAAUAUUGUGAGAUAUAACAAAGAAGCUAGUUUUAAAUUCGAAUUAUUUUCUAAUCUGUCGAAGCCCUGAAAGGACUGUUAAAUUCCAUGGAGGAGGAUCGGAAAGAAGCUACGAGAGAAGAGGACGUCAAGAGAAUGAUGAUGGCAGCUCGUAACUCAAGAAAAAUAUCCAUAAUGGUCAACAUAAUAAGUCACAGCAUCUUCGUCAUUUACAUAAUAAUGCAUUUGGCAACAAAUUAUCCAAACGUCCGUGGACUCUACUACCAAUCCUAUUUUCCAUGGGAAACGAAACCCAGUCCAAAUUACGAGCUAAUUUUCUUAGGACAGAUGAUGUCUGCCUACUACUCUACUCUUACUUCUACCUUGGUCGACACAUUCGUCGCGGCUCUGUUGUUACACGUUUGCGGACAGUUAACUAAUCUGAAGCACGAGUUGAUUAAUUUUCAAAGCGAAACGAAAAAAGAAUUUCAUCGGAAGCUAGGACGCAUCGUGAAGAAACAUGAUUAUCUUAACGAAUUCACAGAAACGGUGGAAAAUUGCUUCAACAUGAUGUUACUAAUCCAGAUGUUUGGAUGUACCGUAACACUCUGCUUGGAAAGCUUUCAAUCUCUCGAGUCUCUAGCAGGUGAAAAGGAUAAAUACUUUCUACUGGAAAUCGGAUGCACCGUAUUCUACGUCUGUUAUAUCCUAAUUCAACUUUAUCUUUAUUGUUACGUAGGCGAGAAACUUCUUUCAGAGAGUACAGGAAUCGCGGACGCCGCCUACGAAUGCGAAUGGUUUAACCUGUCACCGAACGAAGCAAAAUGUCUCGUACUGAUCAUGCGUCGUGCGAGAUCGCCCUUGCGCAUUACGGCUGGAAAAUUCUGCUCCUUCAAUCACGAGCUUUUCAGCGAAGUCCUUAAAACAUCCAUGAGUUAUUUAUCCGUUCUCUACGCAGUGAAGAGCGAAGAAUGAAAAUAAACAUAGAAUAACUGUAAUAUAGGAUUAACGAAAUAUUAUUAUUGUAAAGUUUAAUAAUAUUUUUCGAAUAAUAACUAGGCAAACGGAA